GCGCUCAUUGACCAUAACUAAGUAGGGCCUAUAUAAUUAGUAUCGAAAGCACCGCCACUGAACUUGAAGAAACUGUGAUUGAUGGAAUAAUAGCUGACUAUGGGCUGGUUUAUCCACCUACGGGAGAGCGUCAACAUCCAAAUCGAUGCCGUUCGAGAACCCCCACCGCGGGGUAGCUUCAAGCCUUCAAUAGCCGGUCAUCACCGUUGAGCCCUUUCUGCUCUCCUUAUCAAUAAACACCGUCGUUCUCUUUCUGUCCUAAUUAUCUAACACUCGCAAACGAAGGCACAGAAUACUGCAACUAGAAUUAUCUUCUGGAGUCUUUAUUCAGUAAUUUACAAACAGAAUCCGACCACAAUGGCUGUCGAAGAGACGCGUUUCAAGCUGAACACAGGCGCGGAAAUUCCAGCCCUUGGACUUGGGACGUGGCAAUCUGGUCCUGGCGAGGUCGAGACUGCUGUUAGCCAUGCCAUCUCUGUCGGCUACCGGCACAUUGAUACUGCCUUUUGCUAUCAGAAUGAGCAGGAAGUUGGAAAUGGGUUGAAGGAGGCAUUUGCAUCUGGCAAAGUCAAGAGAGAAGAUGUUUUUGUCACCACGAAACUGUGGUGCAGCUACCACACGCGUGUGGAGGAAGCACUUGAUCUGAGUCUCAAGAACUUGGGAUUGGACUACAUCGACCUCUAUCUCAUGCAUUGGCCGUUGGCGAUGAACCCCAAUGGUAACCACCCUCUGUUCCCUAAGCUUCCAGAUGGCUCUCGUGACAUCCUGAAGGACCACUCCCAUGUUACUACAUACAAGAGCAUGGAGAAGCUUCUUGAAACGGGCAAGGUCAAGGCCAUUGGAGUUUCUAACUACAGCAAGCGCUAUCUUGAGGAGCUGCUACCCCAAGUUUCCGUAGUGCCUGCAGUCAACCAGAUUGAGAACCAUCCGGCUUUGCCACAACAGGAGAUCGUCGACUUCUGCAAGGAGAAGGGCAUCCACAUCACUGCUUACAGCCCUCUGGGAAGCACUGGAAGCCCUCUCUUUACGGCAGAGCCCAUCGUUGAAAUCGCGAAGAAGAAGGGAGUCACACCGGCAACAGUUCUGCUGAGCUGGCAUAUUGCCCGUGGUUCUAGUGUCCUGGCAAAGUCUGUCACUCCCCCUCGCAUUGAGGAGAACCGCCACCUUAUCAAGCUUGAUGAAUCUGAUAUGGCUAUUAUUGCCAAGUACACAAAUCAGCUGGCAGCCACGAAGGGCUUCCAGCGCUUCGUGUACCCGCCCUUCGGUGUCGAUUUCGGCUUUCCCGACAAGUCUUGAACCCCAGAAAGAAUUAUCUCCAUAGACUGCUCUUCGCUAAUAUUCGACACUAAGUCCCUUGUAUAUAUUAACAGAGGUACCUUACACUUGUUCGAUAGAUUAUUAUGACAGCCCCACACUAUCUUCGACUAUGCAAUCUCAUAGACCGUAAAUAAAUAGAAAUUAUACGUGUUCAGAGUGGUUCACCCAACUGUACUGGACGAGA